AUCCAUGGGGUAACCCCAACGCAUCUGCCCUCCACCCCAGCCAGCUCAUGGGCCACUUGGCCCAGCCCAGCCCCAGCACCUGGAGCCAGUGAAAAGAGCCCUGGCUGGAGUCCAAACAUGUGGAGCCUGGUGAGGCUCCUGCUGGCCUGGCUGGGUGGCUGGGGCUGCAUGGGGCGUCUCGCAGUCCCAGUCCGGGCCUGGGCAGGGUCCCGGGGGCACCCAGGGCCUUCAUUGCUGCGGACCCGAAGGAGCUGGGUCUGGAACCAGUUCUUUGUCAUUGAGGAAUAUGCUGGUCCGGAGCCCGUCCUCAUUGGCAAGCUGCACUCAGAUGUUGACCGGGGCGAGGGCCGCACCAAGUACCUGUUGACUGGGGAGGGGGCAGGCACCGUAUUUGUGAUCGACGAAGCCACAGGCAAUAUCCAUGUCACCAAGAGCCUGGAUCGGGAGGAGAAGGCACAAUACGUACUACUGGCCCAAGCUGUGGAUCGAGCCUCCAACCGGCCCCUGGAGCCCCCAUCAGAGUUCAUCAUCAAAGUUCAAGACAUCAAUGACAAUCCACCCAUCUUCCCCCUUGGGCCUUACCACGCCACAGUGCCCGAGAUGUCCAACGUUGGGACCUCAGUGAUCCAGGUGACUGCUCACGAUGCUGAUGACCCUAGCUAUGGGAACAGCGCUAAGCUGGUGUACACCGUGCUGGAUGGACUGCCUUUCUUCUCUGUGGACCCCCAGACUGGAGUGGUGCGUACAGCCAUCCCCAACAUGGACCGGGAGACACAAGAGGAGUUCUUGGUGGUGAUCCAGGCCAAGGACAUGGGUGGCCACAUGGGGGGGCUGUCGGGCAGCACUACAGUGACUGUCACCCUCAGCGAUGUCAAUGACAACCCUCCCAAGUUUCCUCAGAGUCUGUACCAGUUCUCUGUGGUGGAGACAGCUGGGCCUGGCACCCUGGUGGGUCGGCUCCGGGCCCAGGACCCAGACCUAGGGGACAACGCCCUCAUGGCAUACAGCAUCCUGGACGGGGAGGGGUCCGAGGCCUUCAGCAUCAGCACAGACUCCCAGGGUCGAGAUGGGCUCCUCACUGUCCGCAAGCCCCUAGAUUUCGAGACCUGUCGUUCCUACUCCUUCCGUGUAGAGGCCACCAACACACUCAUUGACCCAGCCUACCUGCGGCGAGGGCCCUUCAAGGACGUAGCCUCGGUGCGUGUGGCUGUGCAGGAUGCCCCAGAGCCACCUGCCUUCACCCAGGCUGCCUACCACCUGGCAGUGCUAGAGAACAAGGCUCCUGGGACCCUCGUGGGCCAGAUCUCAGCUGCUGACCUGGAUUCCCCAGCCAGCAUAAUCAGAUAUUCCAUCCUCCCCCAUUCGGACCCGGAGCGUUGCUUCUCUAUCGAGCCCGACGAUGGCACCAUCCGCACAUCAGUGCCCCUGGACCGUGAGGCUCGUGUCUGGCACAACCUCACAGUGCUGGCCACAGAGCUUGAUAGCUCCGCACAGGCCUCCCGCGUGCAAGUGGCCAUCCAGACCCUAGAUGAGAAUGACAAUGCUCCCCAGUUGGCUGAGCCCUAUGACACCUUUGUGUGUGAUUCUGCAGCCCCUGGCCAGCUGAUUCAGGUCAUCCGAGCCCUGGACAGAGACGAAGUUGGCAACAGUAGCCGUGUCUCACUUCAAGGUCCUCUGGGCCCUGAUGCCAACUUUACUGUGCAGGACAACCGAGAUGGCUCUGCCAGCCUGCUGCUGCCCUCCCGUCCUGCUCUGCCCCGCCAGGCCCCCUACCUGGUUCCCAUAGAACUGUGGGAUUGGGGGCAGCCAGCACUGAGCAGCACUGCCACAGUGACUGUCAGCGUGUGCCGCUGCCGGCCUGAUGGCUCUGUGGCCUCCUGCCGGCCCGAGGCUCAGCUCUCACCCACUGGGCUCAGCACUGGUGCCCUGCUCGCCAUCGUCACCUGUGUGGGCACCCUUCUUGCCCUGGUGGUGCUCUUCGUGGCCCUGAGGCGGCAGAAGCAGGAAGCACUGAUGGUACUGGAGGAGGAAGACGUCCGCGAGAAUAUCAUCACCUAUGACGACGAGGGCGGCGGCGAGGAGGACACGGAGGCCUUCGACAUCACGGCCCUGCAGAACCCCGACGGGGCGGUCCCGCCGGCUCCCGGCCCACCCGCACGCCGCGACGUGCUGCCCCGGGCCCGGGCGCCACGCCAGCCCAGCCCCGGCCCCGCGGAGCCGCUGGACGACUGGGGUCCGCUCUUCCGCACCCUGGCCGAGCUGUACGGGGCCAAGGAGCCCCCGGCUCCCUGAACGCCGCGGCGGGGCAGCCCGCACAGGCCCUCUGAGUGAGCCCCACGGAGUCCAGGCAGGCGGCAGCAGCCCAGGGGCCCAGGCCUCCUCCCCUCCCUGCGCCCCUCCUCCUUCUCUCCCCAAGGCACCCUCGCUCUUACCUCCCUCUCGCCCCAGUCGGUCUGUAUGUCUUUCUCCAGGGAUCUCUGUCCCUGCCUGUGACGCUCUUCCUCUGUCUGGGUCUGGGUUUUGUGGCUCUGACCCUGAACUUCUGUUCUCUCACUGUGAUUCAUCUUUCUCCGUGGCUGUUUUUGUCUCUGCGAUUCUAAAUCUUUCUCACACUCUGUCUCUCUCCCUUGCUCACACACAUGCUCUGUGUCUAUCUCCUGCCCACAUCUCCCCUCCUUCUCUCUGGGUCCCUGUGACUGGCUUUUUGUUUUUUCUGUUGUCCAUCCUCAAAGCAAGAGAAACUUCCAGCCACUGCUGCCCACCCUCCUGCAGGGGACGCUCUGUCCCAGACCUGCUCGCAUGGUUCCAUCCAUCACUCUUGGCCUCAUCCUGGCUCCACUGGCCUCCAGCAGAGGAAGGGAGCCAGCCCACCUCCCAGGGCAGGAGCUCCAGCCCCCCACGUGGUCACCUCCCUGGAGCUCUGCCCAGCUGUCAGCCCGCCCUGGGCAUCCCAGCUCUGGGCAUUGUCUUGUGUGCUUCCCAGGCCCCAGGGAGAGGGGGAGGAGAAAGGGGGAGGUAGCUGGGGAAGGGGAAAGGGAGGAUGGGAGGGGCCUCCAUCUCUAAUUUCAUAAUAAACAAACACUUUAUUUUGUAAA